GCUCAAAAGAAACACUCCCCCUAUCUUAAAAUUCUAAAGUAGGUGGGCGGAACUCUCUCAAAUCGCUUUUUAAACAACAAGAAAACGAAAACAAAUACCUAACAAAACAAACACGUUUUCAUACAAAUUCAUAUUCGACUUCAGAAGAAAGCAGAAAAGGAAAACUAAAAAAAUCAGAGAUGGGGAGUUGUUUCUCUACCUCUCGCAAAUCUCCAUCUUCAUCUUCACCCACAAAAUUCUCGAAUGUACGCGUUGUUCAUCUCAACGGUUGGGUAGAAGACUUCGAUUUUCCAGUAUCAGUCAGCCAGCUCACUGGCAGUCCUCCAAAGCAUUUCGUCUUCACGGCAGCUCAGCUACUCUCCAGUGCUUUAAAGCCUUUGAAACCUGAUACUCUAUUGGAACGCGGCCGUCUUUAUUUUCUUGUACCAUCAUCAACGUUCCAGACCGAUGUUUCUCCCGCGGAUUUGGUCUCUGUCGUAAAGCGGCUGACAGCGAAGGCAAAGUCUUGUAAAGCUGAAGUUAAUGAUAAGUCGCCUGGAAGUGGAAAUACUAGCCCUUCUUCAUGGAGCCAAUACAGCUCAAGAGUAAGCCCAGUUGUGGAAACAUAUGGCUUCAAAUACUGCUCCAGGAAGGAGCCAUGGAGGCCAAUUUUGGACACAAUCAGAGAAAUGUCGUUUGAUCGGAGAAGUGAAUCUGAUUUGCGAGAGAGAUCAUUUACUCAGAUCAGUGAAUCCGAUCUACUGGAAAGGCAUUACGGAGAUCAGGAUAAACAUCAAAUUUAAGGUAGGAAUUUUAUUAAUUUUUCUUUUUGUGUGUGUGUGUGAGACGUAUAGUUGUAAAUAUUCAAGUUGUUACAUAAAACUUGAAAUUCAAUUUCUUAAGCUUGAAUAACAUUUUGUUACGUACAAAAA